AAUGGCGGCCUCCUAUGUGACAUGCGGUGUGUGAACGGUAUGAACUGCUGUGUGAAUAGUUCAAUAGUAGUUUAUUCCACUUGUUUGUGCCAAACGCUUAAGGCGUGCAAGCGGUGAGGAAAGGCGAAAGAAAUACGCUGCCUGUUGGUGUGGCUUUGUCUCCGGUGCCGUGCGAGAUGGAUGCAGUCUCCAAGCAGCGGAAUGUCCUGGCCGAGUGCUACGGGCUGCUCGGGCAGCUCCCGGUGGACGUGGCUGACGUGGGCGGGGUUCUGGAAAGGCUGAACGGAUGCAGCUUCGCUGUCCAGUUUGUCAGCAGCAGGGACGCGGAUGUGCUGCUGGUGAGACUGAUCAAGGCCCUUCCGUGCGUAGACGACGGCCUAGUUUCAGGCCUCUGCCUGCUGGUCUCCAACAUCUGCACCAAGCAACAGGUGACUCUGGAGGACAAGACUCUACAUACGCUGCUGGAGUACCUGCUCCGUUGUCUGCGCCUCUGCAGCCCAUGGGUGCUCCCCGCUGCCGUGGAUGCUUGUGGGGCGCUCGUUUACGCCAACAUGGCCAGGCUGGAGCCGCUCUGGGAGCAGCUCCUCGCCAGUGGAGGCGCCCUGGAAACUCUGCUGCGACCUGACGAACCCGACGGCAAGCUCAGGCUGGCAGCCCUGCGGACCCUGGGAGCCAUGACUGUCAAGGGGGAGCCCCCGUUGCCCGACUGGUGCACUGCUCGGAUGCUGGACUUGCUCCUGGACUGUCUUACCGACACACACUGCUCCGACCCCAGCGUCCCUGUCGAGGCGUUGAUGACGAGUGCUCUGAAGUCCCUGCAGAAAGUUUUUUCUACCAAGUGGGGCGUGCGCAGUGACCAGCUGGGGAGGCUGUUGGGAGUCCUGAAGCACCUGUCAUUCCACGGGUUCCCUGGACAGAAGAGUGUGCGGUGUCCAAGCCUCGUUCCGAGCCCGCUGUGCCUCCACCUGCCGGUGCCCCAGAUCACCGAACAGUUUAGGCCCGUGACGCCCAAAAAGCGCCGGCGCAGACAUCGCAAGGCUCAGGGGGACGAAGGGGACACUCCACAGGACGUGGAGAGCAGUGGGAAGACAUCUUGGAAGGGUGCGUCCAGUUCAGACUCUGAAUUCUCGGACUCUGAGAGCGGCCAGCUGGCCCGACAGAGGCACCAGCAGAGCUCCGUCCGGCGCCACGUCUACCUGGCACUGCGGGCAUUGGUCAAGGCAGUGGACUGCAGAGAGAUGUUCAGCUACUGGCUGCACUUCCUGCCAGAUAUUCCCGUGACCCUGGGGGCCCCUCAGACACAGACAAUCCUGCUGACCAUUCUCAGAGACCCAAAUCCACAGGUCCGAACAGUAGCCUUGGAGCUACUGACCGACAUCAUGAGUCACUACAAACCGUUCCUGGGCCUUGCAUCGCAUAGCGGAGUGCAGAGGACUGCCUUCAGGACGCUGUCCGAGACCGUGGCCGCCAUCAUUGGGGAAGUGCACCGCUGCCUGCACCUGGCCCUCAUUGCCGAGACCUGCCCUGCGCAGACGGUGCAGCUGCUCAAGUGCCUGGCUGCCGUGGUCUCCGGGUCACCGUACCACCGACUGCAGGCUGGACUGCUCACGCGCUUGGUUGGAGACGUGGCAGCUCUUUUGGACCACAGAGAUCUCCAGGUGCAAGUGGGCUCUCUAACAGUUCUGGGUGCUGUGGUGGGCAUGGUGCCUGUCUCAAGGGCAGAGGUGGAGGCCUCUCUGCAUCCACAACAACUGCUGGCGACCUGCGCUUCCAAGCUGCUGGUCUCUGACGAGGCCCUGAGGAUCUCCUCCACGGUGGUGCGUGUGGAGGCACUCCAGCUGCUCACCCUCCUGUUCCAAGGCAGCCUGCUCGACCUUCGCGAGUCUGCAGAUAAGGUUGUGGCAGUGGUCAGGCUGUGCCUCUUGGACGCUCAUCUGGCAAUCCAGCUUCAUGCCAUCAAGUUGCUCGGUGCAUUCAGCAGGGAACUGUCCACCUCUCUGUCAGCAACGUCUUGCACAGAGGAAGCCCAGAGCCUCUUGAAGUUGGGUCUGGACCUGUGGCUGACCUGUGCCCUGGAAGGGAGCUUGCAGCGCUGUCUGCAAGACGACUCACUGCCUGUGCUCCAGGCAGAGGCCUGCAGCUGCCUGGCCAGUGUGGGAUCCCAGGUUUGGGAUGCCCUACCAGAAGACAGGAGGCUAGUGUGCAUCACCCUGGUGCUUGCUCUGGCAAAGGAUGGGGUGGACACCGUAGUGCGCAAUGCAGCCAUCCGCUGUCUGGGGAACCUGUGUGCCUAUGCGUCCCUGCGAGAAGAUCUGCUCUUCCUGAUGGACGUUGGUGACGUGGUCUUGGAGGCCCUGGGGGAGCCCAGCCUCAGGAUGAAGGCCUCCUGGACACUGAGCAACCUGACUGAAAUGCUGGCAGACCUCAGGAAGCAGGGCUCUAGGACUGAGGUGCCAGCAACCUUCCUGUCAUCCCUGGGCACUGCGGCCCUCUGCCUACAGAAGGACAAGAACCACGCCCAGGCCAAUGCUGUUAGGUCUUUGGGCUGCCUCUUGCAGUUUUUUACCAGGGACCAUCUGGGAAGAGAAGACAUUGGCAUGCUUGUCGUCAAGUCUGUGGAUUCCCUGAUUCAGGGUUUACGUGCUGGGCUAAUGAAAGUACGCUGGAAUGCCUGUUACUCCCUGGGAAGCAUGCUCGCCAACGAAGAUAUUGUUGCCGGGACAAACGUGCGGCCUGUGCUGGAUGCUCUCCUCGGGAGCCUGGUCAGCUGCAGCAAUCUGAAGGUGCGCAUCCAGGCAGCGACCGCACUUUGUGCACCCCAGACACGGGCUGCUUACGGAUCUGAGUGGGCCACCGUGUGGCGAGGCCUGCUGGCUGCUCUUGAGGCAGCUGAUCAGCCCGUGGACUACCGGGAGCUCCAGCAUCAAAACCAGCUGCGGGACCAGUUGUGCCUGAGCAUCUGCCACUUGCUGGCACUAGCAGAGGCCCAAGACAUCUCAGAAAUCGAGCCUGCCAGCCGGGACUACGAAGGUCGGAUUUUUAAUGCCUUUAAGAAAGCUUUGUCGAAAGAGGCGAUUAGAGAAAGCUUGAAGAGAGCACACGACAACUUGGCCAAGGAGAGUGAUGAUCCUUGCUGCUCCAAGACUACUAGGGUGCUGCUGGCUUCUCUGCUAAAUGGUGACUUAACUGAGCUUCAGUCGCAGAUGCACUCUUUGCAAGUCAAAUGAGAAGGUUUUUUUUUAUUUUUCUUAAAGCAUGAAGUGCUUUUUAUCAGGACCCCCAAUCCUAAAAUUUUCUUCGUCCUUGCAUUUUCUGCUAAAUUUAGCAGGUAACCUAUAUUUGUGUUUAGGUCACGUGAUCUAUACAUCAGGUAAGUUUGCCUGUCAAAGUUGGCAGAAAAAUUUAUGCCACGUGACCUAUACACCAAUUCAGUUUUCCUGCAAAAUUUAGCUGGAAAAUUGACGCAACGUGACCUGACGUCAAGUGACCUAUGCACCAAUUCACUUUCCCUGCUAAAUUGGGCGAGACAUCUGAUGUCACGUGCCCUGACGUCACAAGACUUAGACACCAAUUGUUUCCCCACUAAAUUUAGCAACAAAAAAAUGAAAGCCGUUUACAAAUCCCUGUAACGCCGAAUUGGAGCGCAGCUCUUGAGGAGGAGUAGGGAAGGGUACUGAGGGGGGUCACGUCACCUGCGGGUAGUCACGUGACCCCCCCCCGUCCCCGGUUACGCCGACGCCGCUCAGGCUGGAAACGGGCCCCUAAGAGCUGCGCUCUAAAAGUGAAAGCCGUUUACAAAUCCCUGUAACGCCGAAUUGGAGCGCAUUUUUGAGGAGGAGUAGGGAAGGGUACUGAGGGGGGUCACGUCACCUGCGGGUAGUCACGUGACCUCGGGGGGGGGGGGGGGGGGGGGGGGUCACGUGACCUUCCCUGGUUACGCCGACGCCGCUCAGGCUGGAAACGGGCCCCUAAGAGCUGCGCUCUAAAAUUAACAUCACUUGACCUGAUGUCACUUGACUUACACCAAUUCAGUUUCCCCGCUAAAUUUGGCAGGGAAAUUGUUGUCACAUAACCUGACGACACAGGACGCAUACAUAAAAUUUUUUCCCCCAAUGCUAGCAGGAAAACUGACAUCACAUGGCCGAUACACAUAGUUGGUGGGGGAAUUGAUGUCAUGUGACCUAUGCACCCAGUUUCCCUGCUUACUGUUCCGGAGAAAUUGACCGAAAUAAACAUCCUUCUUUACUCCCCAAAACAAUGGUUUAAUGCAUUCUAAAUAA